ACCCUAGCUCGGCCGAGCAUUACUUUUACCAAAAUACCCUUGAGUAAUCAAAUAACCAAAAUGGAAAGAACAUCUAAAGUACCCUUUUAAAAUCAUCGUAGGAAAUAUCUCUUAAUAAAUCAUAAAUGAGCAUUAGUCUCAAGCCUACUAAUAAAAGUACAUAAGCGAAGGAGUUCAAUUGGAGGCUUCUGCAAUCACUGACCCUUGUGAUGAUGACAUCUCGGACAGCAGCUUCCUUCUGACAGGUGAUCCAAAUUUUCUUGCUUCCUUGCUGCUCCUGAGUGCGGGCAUGGGGUCAGUCCUAAUCCUAGUUUCAUCCCUCAUACACACAUGGAACCAUGCAUAUGUGAUGCCCGUAUAACAAAAUGCACAAUUUAUUCGGAAAUGAGUUUCGUUAUUACUUGCUUGCAUAUUUUAUCUUACAAUAGGGCCCCACCCUCCACUUAGCUAGCGCAACCGUCCGGUAAACUUGUCAUAACAUAUUUUUUACAUGACUACCCUCACAAUGGGGAGCUUUAAUGUAUAAAUUGUGCCUAUCUAAGGCAAAACACCCACACAAUGGGGAUCCUGCGCCUAUCUGAGGCGAAACACCCGCACAAUGGGGAUCCUGCGCCUAUCUAAGGCGAAACACCCACACAAUGGGGAUCCUGUACCGCGUGCGUGCUAGCUAAGCGAGGAUUAAACAUGUUAUUGCUUGUUCUUACUUAUUAUCUGGGUGAUUUAUCCUUGCUCGGUCGAAUCAAUCUCUCACACCAUGGAGAUACAUUAUUCAACAUAUACUUGCUUACUUGCUUGACAACCUAAGCUUGUCAAGGAUGAUCUCCUCCAACAGAAGGAGAUCUCAACUUAUAAUUUCCAUAUUAAUAUAAUUUCUCCGUAGAGAAAUUGAUGCUAUGCGUACACAUGAACUUAAGAAUGCACAUAAUCAUCCAAUCAUAAAUGCAGAACUUAAACAUAUCAGAACUAGCACUCAAUUACUUCAAGAAAAAGGCACAAUUCAACACGUAAUAAGUAACUGAGGAUGAAAUACUAACUAGCCCCUUUAACAAACGCACGUUAAUUUAAAGUUGAUUAUCAACUUAUAUCAUGUCCCGAUGAUCCACAACAUUCUUAUAAGCCUUGUACGUGUCCAUCCACCAUUUUCCUUCUUCCUUUACUUUUCCCCUAGAGAUAGAGCACGCACAGCUCACUUGAUUAUACACCCGCAUACUUGCCUUAGAUUAAGAAUCCAUCUUUCAUUUCAACAAUUGAACCCCUUAUAAUAAUUAACCUACCAUGCAUUCCAUCCAUGUACGUAAUUAAAUUUAGUGACUAAAUUGUAAAGAGCUUUUGUUUUUAACCUGUAACCGAGCUAAUUCAUCACCAUACAAUUCCAUUCGUCCAUAUAUAAUAUGUAAGGAUCCAGAACUCAUUUCCUUAAUUAAUGACCCACUACCAGCUCCCACAAUCUCCAACAUCAACUAAUUCCACAAGUAAAUGGACGAGGUUAAAUCCUUUACCUCAAUCACGGCCUCACGGGCUUAGAGCACAAUUUGAGGCUUUCCCAGAUGUCGUUUCUCCGUCGUCGAUCGUCGUUCGAGUCCCCGCAAUCCCACCGGCAAAACUUCGCUAUGGACGAGAGAGAGGAAGAUCCAGAGCUGUGCCCGCUGAACAGAGGACACGGCGUACGGAGGAAACGAGUACGUGUUUGGCGUCGGCGUCGCUCCCGGCUUGCGUCUCUGCUGGCUGCCGUUUCCGUUGGGGAGCUCGCUUGCUACUGGUCGAGGGAGGAGGUAGAGGUGAUGGGAACUGGGAGGUGCCAGUGGUGUUUGGAUCGCGGAAGAGGGAAGGCGACGCUAUUGCUUGGUUUUAUUAGCUAAGGUUUUCGGUCAUUGGUUUUGGCUAUUAGGUUUAGUAUAUAUAUAUAUACACAUCCACAUAAAGAGAUGUGGAGAGGUAGGAGGUGGAAUGUACGUGAGGGAGGAGGAAUCCCCACCUCUUGCUGCUGCGUUUGGAUUGGUUUAGGUUAGCUAGAGCUUAAUUAAUUAUAGUGACUAAAUAAGGGUAAAUUUGGAAA